GACCUGCUCCGCGGCAGCCUGGGAGCCUCCAGCGACCCCGAAACAUGGCUACCGAGGUCCACAAUCUGCAGGAGCUCCGGCGCAGUGCCUCGCUGGCCACCAAGGUCUUUAUCCAGAGAGACUAUAGCGAUGGGACCAUUUGUCAGUUCCAGACCAAAUUCCCCCCAGAGCUGGACAGCCGGAUUGAGCGACAGCUCUUUGAGGAGACUGUGAAGACUCUCAAUGGCUUCUACGCAGAGGCAGAGAAGAUUGGGGGAAGCUCCUACCUCGAGGGCUGCCUGGCUUGUGCCACAGCCUACUUCAUCUUCCUCUGCAUGGAGACCCACUAUGAGAAGGUUCUCAAGAAGAUCUCCCGCUACAUCCAGGAGCAGAAUGAGAAGAUCUUUGCACCUCGAGGCCUCCUGCUCACGGACCCUGUGGAGCGUGGGAUGAGGGUUAUCGAGAUCUCCAUCUAUGAGGACCGGUGCAGCAGUGGCAGCUCCAGCAGCGGCAGCAGCAGCGGCAGCGGUGGCAGCAGCAGCGCUGGGGGUGGCGGGGCGGGGGCCCGGUGA